UUUACACAUUUAUACAACCUAAAAUAUAAGGAGUUAGUGUCAGCUACAAAACAACGAAUUAAGAGUAAGAAAUGGUAUAUUGCUGUUCAUCAUCCAAACUGGUAUACUAGUUGCAUGGCUACAUCCACAGGCGGUGUGCCUCCAGGGUUCCGAUUCCACCCGACGGAAGAAGAACUGCUUCAUUACUACUUGAAAAAGAAGGUUUCUUUUCAGAAGUUUGACAUGGAGGUCAUUAGAGAGGUGGACUUGAAUAAGAUGGAGCCUUGGGAGUUACAAGAGACAUGUAAAAUCGGGUCAGCGCCGCAAAACGAGUGGUAUUUUUUCAGUCACAGAGACAGGAAAUACCCAACAGGGUCGAGAACGAAUAGGGCAACAAACGCAGGGUUUUGGAAGGCAACCGGAAGGGAUAAGUGCAUCAGGAACACCGACAAGAAGAUUGGUAUGAGGAAAACACUUGUUUUCUAUCGAGGAAGAGCUCCUCAUGGCCAAAAGACUGACUGGAUCAUGCAUGAGUAUCGGCUUGAAGAUGGUGACGAUGCUCAAGGAAACGCUGGUGAGGAUGGUUGGGUGGUCUGCAGAGUGUUCAAGAAGAAGAAUCUAUUCAAGGUCAGCAAUGAAGGAAGAACCGCAAGCAUGGACUCAUCUGACCAACAACUCCACACAUCAAGCAAUCAAUCUCGAACUUCCAUGUACAGAGACAGCCAACACUUAAUUCGUCAACACCAUAACCAUGGUAGCACUCAACAGACUUUUGAACCAAACAAGCCUGAGCUAGCCCAUUACCAUCAUCACAUGGAAACACCCCAUCAAUAUUCUCUCUUCCCGUCCCAAACCCUAAUGCCAACUCAUAAGCCUUUAGGUUAUGACUACUCGGCUCUCCCUUCGGGGUCACCUGUCAUGGUCAAGCAACUCAUGUCGAAAGCUAGGGAUGGUGAGAGUGGAAGUGAAAGCCAGAGUUACCAAGCUUGUGAGCCAGGGUUAGAGGUGGGCACAUGUGAAGCAUCUCAACAAAUGGUUGCAGGAAGAGAUGAGCAGGGCAUGAAUGAUCAAUGGGCUGUGCUUGUCACUUCUCAUCUAGGAAAUGAAGAUUCUUCCAAAGGGGUGACGUUCAAUGCCGCAAAUGCACCAUCCGCGCACCCAAUUAAUCAAUCCUCACUUCGUGGGGAGAUGGAUUUUUGGGGCUAUGGAAAAUAGUGGUACUGUGUUCUUAGUUCCUUUCGUGUUUCUUUUUGGAAGACUACGUACUAUGAACAUGGAUUGGAACCGGUCAUGAAAAAACGCCUGAGUGUAAUUCUAAUUGAUGAUUGUUUGCUGGCUAUAUAUGUCUAAUUGGACUCCA